AUGACUUCCAUUGUUGCUGUUGGAAUCGGCGUUGCUGCUGCCGCAUUCUUCGGCCGCGCUGGACUAGUUGCCUUCCGUCGCUACAGAGGAGGCGUGAAUGCGAUGGGGAAGGCUUUUUACAAGGGCGGAUUUGAACCGCGGAUGAACCGUCGCGAAGCGGCUUUGAUACUACAACUCUCGGAACGAACGCUCACCAAAGACAAAGUUCGCGCCAAUCAUCGGAAACUGAUGCUGCUCAACCAUCCUGAUCGAGGAGGCAGCCCGUAUCUAGCGACGAAAAUCAACGAAGCAAAGGAGCUCUUGGAGAAGACAGGCUAA